AUGGGUUUGGAGGCUAAGCUAGAGCCCGCUGUGGCUCCUCUUUAUGGGUUUUCAGGGGAAUCAGUCCUACCGGUGGGAAUAAUUGAGUUGCCAAUGACGAUAGGGCAACCAUGGGGAAAAAAGACCCGAAUGGUCAAGUUCUUGGUCAUUGACGCACCGAAACCCUCUUACAACAUGAUCUUUGGGAGACCGGCGCUGAACUCUUUUAAAGCAAUCAUCUCUACUCUUUACUUGAAGAUGAAGUUCCCCUUGGAAGGAGGCAAAAUUGGUGAAGUGUGGGGAGACCAGGCCGUGUCGAAGAAAUGCCAUGUACAAGUAUUAACUAAAUACUCCGGACAAAAACGGGAAAGGUUAGUACACCAAGUAGAGGCAAGCAAGAAGGGAAAAAUUGGAGUGAUCACGGCUUCAGAGCCCGAGCGGAGAGAGAUCGCAGAGCUGCAAGGGGGAAAUGAUAAAACACCCCUCGUCACUACCAAUGAUACGUGCAUGGUUAUUGAGCUUUUCAAGGAUAAGGAGGGAUUUACUACCAAAAUCGGGGCACAUAUGGAGCCAGAAUUGCAAAGAAAAGUAAUAGCUUGCCUGCGCAGAAACGCUGACGUAUUCGCGUUCACUACGGCGGACCUGAAAGGAAUCGACAGAGAGCUAGCCGAGCAUCGUUUGAACGUGGAUCCCACGAUCAAGCCAGUCAAGCAAAAGACGAGACACUUCGGUACUGAAAAGGACGCUGCUAUUCGAGAGCAGAUACAGGCGUUGUUAGAAGCGGGACAUAUCAUAGAAGUACAAUACCCGGACUGGGUGUCAAACACUGUCAUGGUGGAAAAGAAGGCUAAGACUUGGAGGAUGUGUGUGGACUACCGGGACCUCAAUGCAGCCUGUCCAAAGGAUUGUUACCCAUUGCCACGGAUUGAUCAGUUAGUAGACGCAACGUCAGGAUGCGAACUCCUGUCAAUGAUGGAUGCCUACCAAGGAUACCAUCAGGUUAAGAUGUACAGGAACGAUAUUAUUAAAACAGCAUUCGCAGUCUGCGCAGGGAUCUUCGCAUAUGUGAGUAUGCCAUUUGGACUAAAAAACGCUGGGGCUACUUACCAGAGAAUGAUGGACAGAAUCUUCAAAGAUCAAUUGAAAGAGAAUGUGUCGGUCUAUGUAGUUGACAUGCUGGUACGCAGCACUGAAGCACGCACACAUGCGGACGACUUGGAGGAAAUCUUCUCGGUGAUACAAAGACACAAGCUCAUGCUCAAUCCGGCUAAGUGUACUUUCGGGGUGCAGUCGGGAAAAUUCCUGGGAUACAAGGUUACGCCUGAGGGGAUAGAAGUGAAUGCAGACAAAGUUAGAGCUAUUAUUGACAUGACGGCGCCGCGGAACAUCAAAGAGAUACAAACAUUGAACGGACGAAUAACGACACUAAGUCGGUUCAUAUCGAGGUCAGCAGAAAGAAGUCUGCCCUUCUUCAAAAUUUUGAGAAAGGAAAGUCGAUUCGAGUGGAGUAGCGAGUGCCAGCAAGCCUUCGAGGACCUCAAGGAAUAUCUCAAAGGACUACCCGUCUUGACCAAGCCGAUACCGGGGGAGCCACUAUAUCUAUACACUUCGGUGGGGGUAGAAUCUUUAAGCGCUGUGCUACUGCGGGAGGAAGGAGGUACGCAGAAGCCAGUUUAUUUCGUGAGCAAAAUCAUCCAAGGAGCGGAAAUUAGAUACACCGCAGUAGAGAAAACAGCUUAUGCUAUCAUGAUCACGGCAAGAAAGUUGCGCCCAUACUUUUUGUCACACAAACUUAUCGUCAGAACAGCGCUGCCUUUUCAACAAAUCCUGGAGAGGCCAGACCUCGCAGGAAGAAUGAGACCACGAGAUGGCCGUUGCGAGGACCAUGGACGGCCCAAGGUCGACGGUUCCGUCACCAAAGAGGGGUGCGGAGUCGGAAUAUACAUUGAAUCUCCAGAUGAUGGAGCCUACCAGUUUGCGAUCAAGUUUGAGGACAAGCUGUCAAAUAACGAGGCAGAAUAUGAGGCAGUGAUAAGGGCUGCCCAUAUCUUGAAGGAGCUCAGAGCAGACACAGCAAUAAUCAAGACCGAUUCGCAACUGGUAGCCCAGCAGUUGAGAGGCGAAUGUGAGGUUCGCGAUGAUAGAAUGAGAGCUUAUUAUGAUCAGAUGCAGCAGCUCAAGGAAAAGUUUGAAGAAUUGAAAAUAAUACAAGUACCCCGGGAAGAAAAUCGAAGGGCUGACUUGCUAGCAAGGAUGGCCAGCGCCGUUGAACAAUCAUGGAAUGACGAAAUCACACUCUUGUUUGAACCAAGGAAGAGCCCAGGGAUUUAA